GGGUGGCGGGCGCGCGCGGCAUUGGCGGGCGCGCGGCGUGAGGUCAUUUCCGGUGUGGGCCCCGGGGAAGCGGAGCGGCCCCGAGACCGGACCCGCCAUGGCCUCGCUGCUCAAGGUGGACCCGGAGGUGAAGCUCAAGGUUGACUCCUUCAGGGAGCGGAUCACGAGUGAGGCUGAAGACCUCGUAGCAAACUUUUUUCCAAAGAAGCUGUUAGAACUCGAUGGAUUCCUUAAGGAACCCAUCCUGAAUAUUCAUGAUCUCACUCAGAUCCAUUCGGACAUGAACCUCCCAGUGCCUGACCCAAUUCUUCUUACCAACAGCCACGAUGGACUGGAUGGGCCAAAUAUGAAAAAGAGGAAGCUGGAAGACCAUGAAGAGACCUUUCAGGGUACCAAAGUGUUUGUGAUGCCCAAUGGGAUGCUGAAGAGCAACCAGCAGCUGGUGGACAUCAUUGAGAAAGUGAAACCAGAGAUCAGGCUGCUCAUUGAGAAGUGCAAUACGGUCAAAAUGUGGGUGCAGCUUCUCAUUCCCAGGAUAGAGGAUGGGAACAACUUUGGUGUUUCUAUUCAGGAAGAAACAGUUGCUGAGCUUCGGACUGUGGAGAGUGAGGCAGCAUCUUACCUGGACCAGAUUUCUAGAUACUAUAUCACAAGAGCAAAGUUGGUUUCCAAAAUAGCCAAGUACCCUCAUGUGGAGGAUUAUCGCCGCACCGUGACGGAGAUCGACGAGAAGGAGUACAUUAGUCUGCGCCUCAUCAUUUCAGAGCUGAGAAAUCAAUAUGUCACUUUGCAUGACAUGAUCCUUAAAAACAUUGAGAAGAUCAAGAGGCCUCGGAGCAGCAAUGCUGAGACCCUCUAUUAAGUGUCAACGUUUGAACUUGAGAACUGUUCAGUCAACUAAAGACCGUCAUUGCCUUGGUUUGUUACGUGACUAUCGAGAUGGGAAACUGGCUGGAAAUAGUAUUGCAUUCUUAGUUAAACUCUAAAGAAAUUCUUGCCUA